UGAUAGUUCUUUUCUUAGCAAAUUUCCGAGAAAAAUAAGCGGAAGGAAAAGUUGUUCCCCUGUAAAACAAAAGAAUUGGGAAACACCAUCCAUUCGUCCGCAAAAUUGACAAGAACCGCAUGAUUUACAGUCAUAGAUUUGUUAGAAGAGGUUCCCACUGUCACGAAGAUUACUUUUCACUCGUCAGAAAAUUUAAGCUUAACGUGAUCAAUUGGAAACCAGGCCUGGAUGUCAAGAGUAACCACUAACAUUUUGGUCCCACAUAGACGAACGACGCAUUCACCAUGAAUGACUCUUUGUCCAGGCAAAAACGUCUUCAACACCUACUCAGCGCAAGAACUACUCCUGAAAUUGUCUUAGAAACGUCAAUCGGGGCAAUUCUUGCAGCUGUGGGACUUUGCGGUAAUGUGCUUGUUUUGCUCGUUGAAAUUCAGCUGGCAUAUUAAUUAUGUCUUUAGCAAUGUCUGACCUUGCAAUGUUAGUGCUGCAAAUUCCGCCGUUUCUGUCCCCAAAAAUCGCUGGAAGAUGGCUCGGUGGUUUUUAUCUUUGCCAAAUCAGUGGCUAUUCAGUAGCGUUUCUGGCCAGCGUGUCAUUACAAACUAUGGCCUUAAUGGCACUUGACCGUCAUUUUCGCAUCGCUCAUCCAUUGAGGCACCGAACCUUAUUCAACAUGAAGCGAACAAAAGUGAUGACAGUUGCUUCGUGGAUGUUUUCGUCCACAGUGCAACUUCCAUACGUGGCAAAUGGCGGUAUAUACACCUUUCAUUCCGGUAAAUGCAUCUGCUUCGUGGAUUCUUCGCCUCUGGCAAUAAUCGGCAUCUCCUACAUCGUUAUACCUUCCUUUAUUGUUCACCACUUUUACCUAAAAGUGUACUUGGCUCUGAGGGCCCGAAAACGCCGCGUGGAAAAUCUGCAAAGCCAAGACAGCCAUACUCAUAUGAUGACAACACAAGAAAUCAAGUUAACUAAGACGAUAAUGGUCACGGUACUUGCAUAUGCGAUCUGUUGGGCACCAGUCAUGAUAACUGAUUUGGUAGACCAGAUUCGUGGUGGAUGGGCACUUCCUCGUGGUGUGUAUGUGAUGUAUACAAUUUGCGGUAUUGCAAGUUCGUGUAUUAAUCCUGUGAUAUAUGGUAUCAUGAACAAGUCUUUCCGUAGGGAAUACAUAAGACUGCUUAGAUAGUUCUUUGCCCUCAAAUGAAAGGUGAAAAUUUAUUUUGCGCACGAAAACAACUUAAGAGCAAUUCGCAGACUAACACCUAUAUCGCGACAGGAUGUGAGUUUUUCACGACAAUUUUCAGUAUUAAAAUAUUUUUUUGUUUUUGUUUUUGUACAGAGUAACAUAAAUAUAUCCUCACCUAUGAUCGUACUAAAAUCAAUAACAAUUACCUUCCCACAGAUAUUGCUGCAAAGAAGGUGUAAAAUAGAAAAUUAACCCCUAGAAAAUCACCUUACUGGAAAUGAUGUCUAUGUUCCUGAGGAUUUCGAAAACUGUGUUGUUCGCUUAAAAGAGGGAGCUCAUUCGACCUCUGUCUCAAUAGGCACAUGGCAGCAUAGUGUUUUGAAAACGAUAAAUUUUGACUUAUUCUAAAAAUGUGGCUGCCUUAAUGAGUAGAAUAAAGGUAAAUUCAAAAGGAAAUUUUUCCCAGAUUUAGGAUCGUCAGUCUUUUAUUCAAGAGCUGGAGCUUCAUUUAUUGUAUGAAAGGUGCUCGAGGACUUAUUUCUGCAGCCGGUGGCGUGUCUAUUGUCUAUUGUCAUAUAGCCAGUGGCGUGUCUAUUGCCAUAUGGCGUGUCUAUUGUCAGUGAUAAUGGAUCACAACGUAAACAAAUAGGCUCAAAGCAUGACAUUAUAUUCCGCCCCUGUUCAUUAUUCAAAUAGUUUGCGCAUGUAAUAGUUUUUUACAUUA